CGAAGCAUUGUUCUGCUUAUUUUGUUCGUUCACACUUCUAAAGCUAUGGAUAACCGGAACAACACAAAAUCUGAUAUAAUCAGUAACUUGCCGAGUGGCAUCAUAGACAAUAUUCUAAUUUGUCUGCCAAUUCAUGAAGCAGUGAAGACUAGCGUCUUGUCAAAGAAUUGGAGGUCCAAGUGGAGAUAUCUUUCCAAAUUGGUUUUUGACAAUACUUUUUAUCUGACAUCAAAACGGAGCAUUACUACUCUUUUUUUUAAUAUUUAUAAAGUUCUAUUACUUCACCAUGGACCCAUCUCCAAUUUUACUUUUCAUGUUCAGUUGUUAGGAGAUUAUCCUGAGAUUAACCAGUUGUUUCUUUACCUGAGCGAGAAAAAUGUUCAAGAAAUUUCCUUUGAUGCUGGAGGAGAUUAUCAGUAUGGAACCUACAGAUUGCCAUCAUAUCUGUUCUCAUGUGUGACAUUGAGGCGCUUGACCUUAUUCUCGUGUUCUUUCAAAGUUCCAUUGGCGUUUCAAGGAUUUGUCAAGUUGAUAUAUCUUGAGUUUCAGUGGGUUAAUUAUAAUAUUAAUGUGUUCGAAACUUUCAUCUCCAAAUGCCCAUUACUCGAAACACUUUCUAUUAAAGAAUGUGAUAAUACAUGUAAUCUCGAUAUUGACCUUCCGAAUCUUAGGUUCUUUGAGUUCUCUAGAUAUUUCGAGUCAAUUUGUUUUAGAAAACCUUGUCGGCAUCUUUCAACGGUUAUAUUUGAUGGACAUUUUGUCAGACACGCCUUUGAAUCAACCAGGUUUUUCGAGAGUCUGCAUGUCGUCGAAUACUUGCGUCUCGGACGUGAAUUUGUGAAUUGCCUGCGUGAUGGAAUUAUGCCAAGAAAAUUUUCUCUUGGAUGUCUUAGAGUUCUUGAAUUGCCUGAUAUACGUUUUUGGUGUUCGAAUGAGGUCUCGGUUGUUCUUUGCUUGAUUGUGAGCUCUCCUAACUUAGAGAAGCUUGAGAUUGGGUCUUUUGCACCUUGUUAUUACAAUAAACUAGAGUCUCUGGCUCCACAACUUCUAAAAGUGGAAGACCUCUUAGAAAAUGCACUGAAAAAGCUUCGAGUGGUGAAGAUGAAGAUGGAAUACAUAAAAGAAAUAAAAGCUGAACUAGAUUUUAUUAAGUUCUUAUUGGCUGAAUCAGUGGCACUAGAAAAAAUGUUUAUACAGCCUCACACAAAAACAGUUGCUGAGGAAGGACUUGAGAUUCUGAAAGAGAUAACUCAAUUUCAAUGUUCGUCAAAUAAAGCAGAAAUUGUGUGCAUAGAUCCUGAUGAUGAUGAUGAUAGUGAAGAUAGUAGUGAUGAUGAUAGUGGCAGUGGUGAAGGUAGUAAUUAUGGCAGUGAAGGUUAGGAUGUUAGUUAAGCCUGUAAAUCAAAUUAUUUUUCUUGUCUUAGCAAAAACAAGUACUAUAAUCUUACCAUUUGACCUCUUAUUUGAAAUAUUGGUGGUUAUUUUGUCAAAGCAAAUCUUUAUAAACUGGA